CGAGGAUGAGGCGCACCGAUUUCAAGAAGCUGAGUGGCCGCCGUUGUUCCCGCGGUGUUUCCAUGAUGAACGCACCGCGUGUCCACGCAUUGACUAUCACCGUCGCCUUGUUCUCGACACUUUAAAAGCAGACGACUCUAUUAACAAAAUUAAUAAUCGUAAUUACAGUCGAGUGGUGGUCUCCGUGGCCUAUGCCAUUGAUGCCACCGCAUCUCGCCAUCGCUUCCUUCUGCCCCAAUCGCGCAUCUGUUCCACAGUCGUCAACCCGGUCGACUGUGCUCCCACGCCUUCACAGUUUCAUCACCAUCAUCAUUACCACCACUACCCACCCGGCUUUGGCUCUUCCACCUCCGAUUCGUAACUUAACAAGGCGCACGUGCUCAUCACUCACCCAAUCACACCCGAAUGCAAUCAUGAGCGGCCUGGACUGCACGGCUAUCGAGUCGUUCCUUGACAAUCACCCGGAUGUGUUCGAGGACUACCUCCUGCGCAAAGGCACCUGCAGCUCCGUGGAGAAGUGGCUCAAGCUACACAACCAGGCGGCCGCGCAGCAGCAGUCGCCACCACUGCCACCACUACCAUCGCCGCGUGUCCCGCUCCUGCCCAAGUCUCCCUGCAGCCCAGGCAGGGCACUGGCGCCUCCUCCUCCUCCUCCGCAGGUCGGCGAGACAACUCCCACUCCGUCCGAGGAGUUCAGCAGGGCGCUGUCCAUGACGUUGGACGGCGCCCUGCAGAAGCGCGCGUCGCAGAAAGAGCUGCGCCGCUGCUUCGCGCGCUCCAAAGCGAUGACGGUGCACAGGACGUAUGACGAGCAGGCGAACCCGCGCGAGCAGGAGUCCCUCUCGAGCGUGCGGCGCAGGGCGCUGUUCCGCAAGGCAAGCUCCCUGCCGCCCAGCACGGCGCACAUCCUGAGCGCCCUGCUGGAGUCGCGUGUGAGCUUGCCGCAGUACGCCAGCGCCGCCAUCGACUGCAAGUUCCGCCUGAAGGAGAGCAACGAGCACGAGUUCUUUCUCGAGAUGGUCAAAGAUAUCUCCAACGACCUGGACCUCGCCAACCUGAGCCGCAAGAUCCUCGUCAACGUGUGCAUCAUGGUGGAGGCGGAGCGCUGCUCGCUCUUCCUGGUGGAGGGCCCGCCGCGCAAGAGGACCCUCGUGUCAAGGCUCUACGACGUGCGCGCCAGCUCCGCGUUCUUCCCGUGCGGCAGGUGGGGGGAGACCUCGAGCGAGGUGCGGGUGCCCUGGGGCAGUGGCAUCAUUGGCUACGUGGCGGAGCACGGGGAGACGGUCAACAUCCCGGACGCUUACGAGGACCGGCGAUUCAGCAACGAGAUGGACAAGCUGACGGGCUACAAGACUAAGUCUCUCCUCUGCAUGCCCAUCCACGACAGCGACGGGCAGGUGAUCGGAGUGGCCCAAGCCAUCAACAAGACACCGGGAUGGGCGCCAUUCAGCGACGACGACGAGAAGGUGGGUGCGGUGCUGCAGAUGUACCUGCCCUUCUGCGGGAUCGGCAUCGCCAACGCUCAGCUGUUCGCCGCGUCCCGCAAGGAAUACGACCGCAGUCGGGCCCUGCUGGAGGUGGUCAACGACCUGUUCGAAGAGCAGACACACCUGGAGAAGGUUGUCCACAAGAUCAUGCACCGUGCCCAGGCCUUGCUCAAGUGCGAGCGCUGCUCCGUGCUUCUGCUGGAGGACAUCGAGUCGCCGGUUGUCAAAUUCAGCAAAACCUUCGAACUGAUGUCGCCCAAGUGCAGCGGCGACACGGAGAGCAGCCUGGAGAAGGCCACGCGCUCUGACUGGCUGAUCAACAAUAGCAUCGCCGAGCUGGUGGCCUCCACAGGCCUCCCCGUCAACAUCAGCGACGUCUACCAGGACCCACGCUUCGACACAAAGCUCGCAGACCAAAUGUCCGGAUUUCACAUCUGCUCGGUGCUGUGUGUGCCAAUCUGGAACAGCAGCCACGAGAUCAUCGGUGUGGCGCAGAUUCUGAACCGGAUCGAUGGCAAGCCUUUUGACGACGAUGAUCAAAGGCUUUUCGAGGCUUUUGUCAUCUUCUGUGGACUGGGAAUCAAUAACACCAUCAUGUACAAUCAAGUGAAGAAGUCCUUCGCCAAGCAGUCGGUGGCUCUGGAUGUGCUGUCCUACCACGCCACCUGCACCAAGGCCGAGGUAGACAUGCUGAAGGCAGCGGAGAUCCCUCCGGUGUGCGAGCUUGGCAUCGACGAGUUCCACUUCGACGACUUCUCGCUGGACCACGACGCAAUGAUCACCGCCUCCCUGCGCAUGUUCACCGACCUCGGGCUCGUGCAGACGUUCCGCAUUGACUACGAGACGCUGUGCCGGUGGCUGCUGACCGUGAGGAAGAACUACCGCCUGGUGCAGUACCACAACUGGCGGCAUGCCUUCAACGUGGCGCAGUGCAUGUUCGCCAUGAUGACGACGGCAGCGCUAUCCAAGGUGUUCACCGACUCGGAGAAGCUGGCGCUCAUGGUGGGCUGCCUGUGCCACGACCUCGACCACCGUGGCACCAACAAUGCCUUCCAGGCAAAGAGUGGCUCGGCUCUUGCCCAGCUCUACGGCACGUCGGCCACGCUGGAGCACCACCACUUCAACCAUGCCGUGAUGAUCCUGCGGAGCGAGGGCCAGAACAUAUUCGGCAACCUCUCUUCGCGCGAGUACGCCAGCAUGAUGCAGCUGCUCAAGCAAGCGAUCCUAGCCACGGACCUCACGCUUUAUUUCCAGCAGAGGACCAAGUUCUUUGAGCUGGUGUCCAUGGGAACGCAUGACUGGAACGCACGGGACCAAAGAGAGAUGCUAAGGUCAAUGCUGAUGACGGCGUGCGACCUGGGUGCCGUCACCAAGCCCUGGGACAUCUCGAGGAAGGUGGCCGAGCUGGUGACCAGCGAGUUUUUUGAGCAGGGCGACCGCGAGCGAUCGGAGCUGAAGCUCACGCCCGCGGCGAUCUUUGAUCGAAACCGUAAGGACGAGUUGCCAGGGCUCCAGCUCGAGUGGAUCGAUAGCAUUUGUCUACCCCUCUACCAGACGCUGGUGACGGUGAGCUCCCGGCUGCGGCCGAUGCUGGACGGCAUCGUGGCGAACCGGCGCCGCUGGGAGGAGCUGCACCAGCUCCGGGAGCACUCGUGCGACCGCCCAGAGCCUCCGACUCCCGAAGGCACCAGCAACGGCAAAGGCGUGGACUCGCGAUGAGGGGCACCGCGCCACGCCGCACCGCUGCCACCCCUGCUGCCGUGCAUUUAACAGCUACCAUGCU